GCCACUCGCCAGUUCAGUUCAGUUUGGUGUGCCGACACGUUCGUACCGUCGUUGUUCCGUUGUAUCGAAACUCCGCCGACGUCGUCAACACCGUGCCGUGCCGUGUGUUCAAUUUUAUCAUUAAUUAUUAUUUAUGCCGCCGUUGUGUACCUCAAUCGUAUUGAUUUAGUGUUCAUAUGUGUUUAUAUUAAAAAUAUAUAAUAUUUAACACACGACUAGUGUGUGUGUAAGUUUUCUAUUAAUAAUUGUUAUUGUUUUUAGUUUUUAUAUUUUUGUUUUUUGUUUUUUAAUAUAUAUAUUUUGAAAACGUGAGCCACACGAAUCGCGGAAAAAUAAUAUAUCAAACCGGUUUUUCAUCGCCGACUGAGUAGUUAAAAGUCAUCGGACUUAGUCGCGGAUUAGUUUUUUAUUAUUAUUAAUUAUCGUUGUUAUUGUUGGUUUUACGCAAAAAAAUAGACAGAAAUUUAGUAGUAGCCGUUUACCGAAUAACAUACGACAAGCAAAUUUAGAGGUAAGUCGGUUGCCUUGACAUGAUAUCUUCACAUUGCGCAUGUUAAUCAGGAAAGAAAAACAUUCAGCAAUGAGGAGAAGGUAGCCGUCGCCACUAACCGUCGUCGUCGCCACUGCAGUCAUGCACAAGUAUCACCAACAGCACUACGACGACAGCAACCAUCACCACCACUAUCGCCGCUUCCACAACUACCUCAAUAAUCAUCACCGAUGCUGUCUCGCCGCGGUGUUUCUGCUGCUGGCCGUCGCGAUCAUCAGCCCUGGACGAACCGAACACGUCGUACUUUUGGACACCACUACCGAACCCAGCCUACGAUGGACUACAUACCCUUACGGACCGGACGCUAACGCAGCAGGGUGGGUUGAAGAGAGUUACAUAAACUUUGAAAAAGGCAUCAACUGGCGAUCAUACGUCGUAUGCGAUGUCACCAAACAAAACGUCAAUAAUUGGGUGUGGACGCCUUUCAUUGAACGUGGGCUGGCCAAUCUCAUUUACAUCGAAGUCAAAUUUACCAUCCGGGACUGUUCGCUGUUCCCAGGGUAUGCGCUUUCGUGCAAAGAAACUUUCUCCUUGCUCUACUAUGAGUUUGACGUGGCUACCAGGGAACCUCCGCCAUGGGAACCUGACAGCUACAAAUCUGUUGGUCGGAUAGCUGCCGGUGAGGGGAGGUUCAAUGCUAAUAACGAAGUGGUGAUCAAUACUGAGACAAAAGCCGUGAAAGUUACCAAAAAAGGAGUGUACUUUGCCUUCAGGGACCAGGGCGCGUGCAUUUCCAUCAUGGCCGUCAAGGUAUAUUACAUCGUGUGCCCAGAAGUUGUGAUAAACUUUGCAAAUUUCUCUGCUACUCCAACUGCUAGAGAACUUACCCAAAUCGAACACGCCACAGGCAAAUGUGUAGAUAAUGCUGAAGUGGUAGGAGGUGGUCCUCCAACUUACCUGUGCAAAGGAGACGGAAAGUGGUAUCUACCGUCAGGUGGAUGCAAAUGCAAAGCUGGUUUUGAGGCAGACAUAGAAGCACAAACUUGUAUAAUCUGUCCUCCGGGCAAAUACAAAUACGGCGUCGGGGAUGAUAAGUGUCAACCGUGUCCGGCACACAGCAAAGCGCCCGACCAGGGGAUGUCCGAGUGCAGGUGCAACACCGGAUACUACAGGUCGCCCAAGGAUCCGAAAUCGGUACCGUGCACGCAACCACCCUCAGCACCGCAAAACUUGACAGUCAACUUUGUAGACCAGUCAACUGUAACGCUAUCGUGGAACCCGCCGAACUUCCUCGGUGGUAGGACUGAUAUCGUGUACAGGGUGACGUGCGACAUGUGCGGUCCGUCCGUUGUGUUCAUGCCCAACAACGAGGUGUUCAAUGAUACCAAGAUAACGAUAAGCGGUCUGAGUCCGGUCACCACGUACAAAUUUCACGUGUGGGCUGAAAACGGUGUCAGUAACCUCACGUCAUCUGAGAACCGACAAUUUGUUGACAUAGCCGUGACCACUACGGAAGCUUCCGUGAAGUCCGCGUCUGUCAACAAUGUCCGCGUUAUGUUGGUCAAGGCGUCCGAGAUCACGUUAUCUUGGGACCCGCCCAUGGCCAGCUUCUUCGAUCCUGGCGAUGAUGAUGCUGCCGUCGAAGUUUACGAAGUUAAGUUCUAUCCCCGAGGUGACGAGUCGAAUGUCAGUAACAAACUCACCGCUGACAGACACAUGGUUUUUACGGCACUUAGGCCGAAGACGGACUAUGGAUUCCAGGUGCGUGCGAAGACCGCUCACGGUUGGGGCGAGUACAGCCCGACCAUUUACAAAACGACGGGGCAAUUGCUCGGAAGCGGUAAGAACACACAACAACAAGUCCAAAGAAAAAACGGGAUUAAAGAUGACACGGCUUAUAUUGGUGACGAAGACAACAUGGAAGUCCGGAUAAUCGCCGGUGCCACAGUCGCGGUAGUGGUUGUCUUAGUGGUCGUCAUCAUUAUGACGGUAUUGUUCUUAAGGAGUCGGAGCAAUGACGAAUGCAACAAAAAACAACCAAGCGAUUGUGACACGUUAGAAUACAGGAAUGGAGAAGUGCAUUGCAAUUUGGACAAUCCUCCCAUAGUUGCCACUCACACUAGCAGCAUGACCACGCCUCUAUUUACUCAAGUUGGCUCAACCACGUCUAGGUCGUACAUUGACCCGCAUACAUACGAAGACCCAAAUCAAGCAGUUAAAGAGUUCGCCAGAGAAAUUGACGCUUCAUAUAUCACCAUUGAAGCUAUAAUAGGUGGUGGAGAAUUUGGUGACGUGUGCCGAGGAAAAUUAAAAGUUCUCGGGUCUCCUUCCGUCGAAGUCGAUGUGGCCAUCAAAACACUAAAACCUGGUAGUUCAGACAAGGCCCGCAACGAUUUCUUGACCGAAGCUUCAAUCAUGGGACAAUUUGAACACCCCAACGUGAUAUUCCUGCAAGGCGUCGUCACACGAUCCAACCCGGUGAUGAUCAUCACCGAAUACAUGGAAAACGGUUCAUUGGAUACGUUCCUGAGAGCCAACGAUGGAAAGUUUCAAGUCUUACAGUUGGUUGGUAUGUUGCGAGGCAUCGCGUCCGGUAUGCAGUAUCUCAGCGAAAUGAAUUACGUGCACCGUGAUUUAGCUGCACGCAAUGUACUAGUCAACGCUCAGCUAGUGUGUAAAAUAGCAGAUUUCGGUUUGAGCCGAGAGAUCGAGAGCACCACUGAAGGAGCAUACACCACAAGGUUUUCAAAUUUCCAGGGCGGUAAAAUACCGGUCCGGUGGACCGCACCCGAAGCCAUAGCAUUCCGCAAGUUUACCUCCGCAUCGGACGUAUGGUCGUUUGGCAUUGUCGUGUGGGAAGUGAUGUCGUACGGUGAACGUCCAUAUUGGAAUUGGAGUAACCAGGACGUGAUCAAGUCCAUCGAAAAGGGUUACCGGUUACCGGCGCCCAUGGACUGUCCAGAGACCAUUUACCAGUUAAUGUUGGAUUGCUGGCAAAAAGAAAGGACGCACCGACCGGUGUUUUUGUCUAUCGUAAAGACACUCGACAAGCUCAUAAGGUGUCCGGACACACUCAGGCGGAUCGCCCAGAAUAGGUCCGUGAACCCGCUGAGCUCGGACGCGCCAGACAUGACCCAAUUCGGAUCGGUGAACGAGUGGCUGUGCUCGAUCAAGAUGGCCCGGUACUUGGACAACUUCGAACAGGCGGGCAUCGUGAGCCCGAAGGAGGUGGCCCGACUGACGGUAGCCGACCUGACGGCGCUGGGCAUCACACUGGUCGGUCACCAGAAGAAGAUCAUGAACAGUAUCCAGGCCAUGCGGGCGCAGUUCUCGGCCAACCUGUCCGAGGGCUUUCUCGUGUAAGCGAGUAAAAAACCGGACACGUUAGUGCGCAUCAUCGUAGAGAUGUCGGCUGUGGCGACCUUUGGUUCCUAUAUGAUAUUAUUGCAUAAUAUAAUAGUAUUGUAUCAAUGUAUAUAUUAUUAUAUGAAAUGUAUAUAUCCGGACGAACGAUGACACGCGUACUAUCAUGACGAUGACGACGGCACGUCGAGACUUAAUGUUAUAAUAAUAUAUAUAUAUUUUUCCUUAUUCAAUAUGAUCUAGACUGUACCUGUAUAUUAUCAUUAUUAUUAUUAAUUAUUACUAUAUAUAACUAUUAUACGUUAUCUUUGUAAGUACGCGUUUAACAUGUUUAUAUAUAAUAUAUUGUAUAUUUUUUCUCAAUGACUUACUAUAUAUUCAGCAAUAUAUCGUCUCUGUAAAUUAACUAGGUAUUGUAUACUUCUCCCCCACCAUCCCCUAUCCUAAAGUAUCACCGAUGCCAUCACACUCGUCUAUUCGUUCAAUGUACCGACUAACUGAAUUAUAAAAAAUACAUUUUUUUUUAAACGUAAGCUAAUGCCCCUAUUUAUAUUGUGAAAUUUUGAUUAAUUUCGUAAUUAAUUAACCUAAUAUGUUAUAAUUCGUAUAUAUUUUGUGCGUACGAUUUUCUGUUUUCAAUCGAACCGGACUCUUUCAUCGAAUUGUACACGAGUUCGAGGAUACAACGUUAAAGUAUAUAAUUAUUUAUAUUAUUGUACAUUUUUUUCAACCACCCUACUUACGUAUAUUUUUUUUCGCGUGUAUUUAGUGUUAAUUAUUUCAUGUACAUUGUGUAUAAACAAAAAGAAAGAUAAGUAAAUAAAAUUAAGAAUAUUAAGACGUUAUUGUGUACAUAUUAUUGUUGUCUUCUGUACAACCAGACUGUUUUUUUUAGUUUUUAUAAAUUAUUGUAUUUUUACGAUCGUCCCGUAUAUAAUAUUAUUGUAUUAUAAAAUAUGUGUAAAAAUGUAAAUUAACUAUUAUAAUAUACCUAGGCAAGUUAUACUCGCGUUUCGAGUAAACUUGUGCGAUUACUGAUACGUAAUACAGAAAUUUGUUUAGCAAAGGACGUUGAAAUUGCAAUAAGAUUAUUUAUCUAUAUCAAUGAUGAAAAAAAUAUGUUUAAUAUUAUUGUAUGAAUAUUUUUAACGGCAGACCGGUCAAAACGUCUGCCAAAAAUUAACUGUGAUAAAAAAAAAAAUACAAAAUAAUUAUAUUAAUAAUAAUACCAUUUACCAACUUUUUGAUUCCCAUAAAUCGAGCGUCGAUGAGGAUAAAAAAUGUGUAUAGGUUUUACUUUUUAGUAAUGUAUUGAUCCCCCCUUCCCUCAUUUUUUUAUUAUAUUAUUAUGUAAUCUUAAUUUAUUCUAUUGUUGUGUAUAAUCACUGCCCCACACGAGUCGUUUAAUUUUUUCCCAUUCAAAACUGGCAUAAUGUACUUUAUGACAUUAUAAUGAUACGUCUAUUUGAAAGUUUUAAAAUAGUCUUAACCGAUGAAUCAAUACGUUAUUAUGUUACUAACAAAUAACACUAUCUCAGCCUGUGUAUAUCUCAAAUAUAUUUUCGUUUACGCGCGAUAAAAGUUUACUACAAAAUGUUUUCAAACCUAAACUUAACAACGAAUAGGGGGAAUGACUUAAAUAUAAUAAUAAUAAUAAUAAUAAUUCUAUUAAAUGUAAUAAUAAUGUAAUCUAUAGAUCCGUUGAAUAACCGAGUAUAAUAUGAAUAAAAAUAAUUGAUAGUUACUGCUGUUUCACUGUGUUCCGUCCAUAUACAAUAUUAUACUAUAAUAUUACGUCGACUUACAACUUUUUGCCAGUUUUCAUUUAUUUUUAUUCUUAUAAUUUCCAAUAUUUUCAUUUUUUUUUCUUAUAGUUUUGGUUAUCUUACAAAACUCAUCAUGUAUUUCAUCAUUAAAAUAAUAAUUAUGUAAACAAUCAAAAUUAAAUUAUUACUAGCGUCCCACCCCUUCGCAAUAUCCCAUAAUUCCUUUAUAUUAUUAGUGUAAACAUUUUAAUAUUUUAUGAUAUCUAUAUAGUGUUUAAUAACUAAUAUUAUAUAUUUUUAUUAUCCCGUGUGAAAAUUAAAAAUUAUCAAACAAUUAGCGAAUAUCAAAAAAUACCGUAUUCGAUCGAUAUUAUAAUAAUAUUAUAUUCUCUAAUAUUUUAUAAUAUCCCCGUAAAAUCGGCCACAACAGAAUGUGUCUACAUUACUUUUAAAUAAUAAUUAAUAUUAUUAAUUUUUGUAUAAAUAAAUUGUCAUUAUUAUUAUUAUUUAUACUAUAUAUUAUAUAUAAUUAUAAAUACUAUUUAGUAAAACAUGUUGUUAUUAUUAUAAUUAUUAUAUACAUUUUUUUGUCGUUCUAUCCGCUCGAUUCUUUCGUUUUUGUACAGUUUGUAAACAACGAUUUCACACCCGACUUUAUUUUAAACUUAUUAUUUAUUUUUUUUAUACGACAUAUAUUAUCAUUAUUGUAUUAUUAUUAUUAUUAUUAUUAUUAUUAUUAUUAUUAUUAUCAAUUAUUAUUAUAAUAUGUAUACAUUGUAUAUGUCCAUAUAUGUAGAGUUAUUAAAACGGGCUUUGUGUGUGUAUUGUAUAACUCAACAAUAUAUUAUAAAAUAUUAUAUGUACAAUGAGAAAAAUA